AUGCUUCUUUCGCCAACAACAAGCGUCAAGCUUUGUCGAAUCGGACGAACCACGUUGCUCCGUCGGCAGUCAGCUCUCCAUCCCAAGAUCAGACACGCCUACCUGGCGGAAGCUGCGCUGCUCUCUACUGAGGGCAGCAUCGGCGGAUCGGUGGAGAGGCACCAGGCACGGUAUGGGGAGACGGCGGAGACAGCAGGGGGAAGCGCGAACGGUUACGUGUCAGUUCCGGUGUUCAACGGCCUCUCGCAUGGGCAUGGCUAUAGCCAUCUCGCGGCGCACGUUCCGCAGCAUAGCGCUGCGACGGACAGAUCGACUGGCUUCAGCGAUUCCGCUGUACCAGUGACGACGGCAGAAGCAGCGGCUGCGUCUACGGUGAUGGCGGCGGCAGAAGCGGCGUUACACCACCCCGUUCCGUUUUCCGCCGUGCAUUGCGCCGCCAUUCCCGCGACUUCCAACGCGGCUGUCCCGCCGACGACGACUCUUACGCUUCUCCUACCCAGCAGCAGCAGCGGUGGCGGCAGCGCCGGGAGCGUGGGUGGCGCGGGGGACGUAAUGGGAAGCGCGGAGCAGGCGCAGGCGCAAGCGAGCGCGGCGGCAAUGGAUUCCAUCAACCGGAAGACGGAGCGGGUGCUGUGUAUUUCCAGCGUCGUUUCCGGGAGAGACGGGGAGCGCCAGGGCGACAUGGAAGGGACCUUGACGGAGGGUCCGCCGGAGGGGACGUCGGGGGAAGCGCGCCUGGCGGAAGCGGCUCAUCCCUCCGUUUCCGCCAACAGCAGUCAGUGGGCGCAAGCGGUGGAGAUCCGUGAUGCUGACGUGCAGGCGGUGGCGGGUGUUGGCGCGCCGGACGCGGGCGCGGGGGUUGAUGCGGCGAAGGUCAGGAAUAUCGACUCGGCGCACGGGGAUCCGCAGAUGUGCACCAAGUAUGCCGCGGAGAUCUACGCGAACCUGAGAGAUGGCGAGCGGCGGCACCGACCUGUGAUGGCGCUGGAGGAGGGGAGGGGGGGCGACAUAAGCGCGGCGAUGCGGGGCAUUCUGAUGGACUGGCUGGUGGAGGUGGCGGAGGAGUACAAGCUCGUGCCCGACACGCUCUUCCUCACCGCCGCCUACAUCGACCGCUUCCUCUCCCACGCCACCGUCACCCGCAACCACCUGCAGCUCCUCGGCAUCGCCUCCAUGCUCAUCGCCUCCAAGUACGAGGAGAUUUACGCGCCGCAGGUGGACGAGUUCUGCUACAUCACGGACAACACGUACCGCCGCCACGAGGUGCUGCUCAUGGAGCGCCACGUGCUCGCCGUGCUGCACUUCGACCUCAGCACGCCCACCGUCAAGAGCUUCCUCAGGCGCUUCAUCAAAGCCGCCCAAGCCACCCUUCCGAGUCCCCAGCACCACCUGGAGUUCCUGGGCAACUACUUUGCAGAGCUCACACUCGUUGACUACCCCUGCCUGCGCUUCCUCCCCUCGCAAAUUGCUGCGGCAGCCGUUUUCCUUGCCAAGCUCACACUCUACCCGGCCCUUCCACCCUGGGAUGCAACACUGCAGCACUACACGGGGUAUGCGCCCUCACAACUCAAGGAGGCAGUGAUGGCGCUCUAUGACUUGCAGCGCAACGUCAAAGGCUGCACGCUCCCUGCCAUUCGGGAGAAAUACCGCCAGCCUAAGUUCCAAGGCGUAGCUCUGCUGCCAGCCCCAGCAGAUAUCCCCGACCAUCUUUUCCUGGACUCGUAG